CAGCUGCUCACAGACUCCUAUUCUCUAACACUCACCAUUCCCACUCGGCUCCUUGGAGGACGAGAAUCUUCGCUCGCGAUGUCCUCCCCCUGACUUGAGCACUGGCACCUUAUCUGCCGAAAACGACAUGUUGUGCAGUUGAAAGAAUGCUCCGAAACAAGCUUUCGCGUAGCUCUGAGGGGCAGGGAAGCUCGAAAAGCGGGGCAGCAGACGAGGACCGUGUCGCAGCUGUCGUGGAACGUCCAAAUCGAAUUGCAGAAUUGCUGAGAGGAAAGAGAAGAGCAGGAGAGAGGGGAGUGCAGCUGCAGGGUGGGGUGCGUCCUGUUUCGGCCCUUAUAUACGUCAACAGCUGUCGUCGUGCAUGUACACCGCAGCGUUGCUGUCAUGGCUGGGGCGCAUCUGGGACGCGCACAGGCGCCUCCGCCGCCUCCGAUGCCCGAUAUUGCUGCUGGGGCCAAUCAAGGAAAUGGCGCUCUGGACGGGAGCGAGCCAGCCGGAACGUGGGAGCCUCCUUGUCGCAGAGAGGCGUGCUGAUCAUCCUUCAUUUCGGGGCCAUUGAGCGCUUAUUGGUACUGUCAGGAGCAAUGUGCACGUCGUACAUUUCUAUAUACUCGCUACGCUUUCGAUAUCCUACAACACAAAAGAAAUGACUACUCCACUGGGUCCUCCUCAAGCAGGGCCUUGAAGCUAAAUGGCUCAAACGGCACACCAUCACCAAUGAAAUGCUUACUCAUAGCCUCGACCCAAUGCAGACGCAGGGAGUGCAACAUGGCACUGGUACCCUCCAUCACGCAGAGAACCAUGACUGUGAGCGCAA